UGAAACUAGCGGGUCGAUUUUUCCAUGCAUCGACCAACAUCCAACAUCAACAGAUAUCGGAUAUCGGUGGACAUCGGCCAGCGGUGCUGUCAACGAUCUCAGCUGACGAGGACGAAAGGACAACAUCGAACAUGUCGUUUGGCGAAAAAAUAGCAUCGAUUAUGCAGAGGCCUGGACAGGACCCUGUUGCCAAGGAUGAUGCUCCUUGGUGGAUGAAGUACGCUGGUCGUGGACUCGGUACCGUAGGCAGUAUAAUUGCAAUCUUUCUCGGAGCUUGGAAUUGCGCGUCGAUACUAUUUGGUCAGAUUGACUGUUUAAUUGGCGGUAUGUGGCAAAUGAUUGCCGGUUUCUUAGUUGUAAUGAUUGAAGCGCCUUGCUGCUGCUUGUUCAUCGACUUUGUACAGAAUUUAAGUGACUGGGUGGAGAAGAAACCAUAUUGGAAUAGAGCAGCUGGAUAUUGUUUAAUAGCGUUGCCAGCAGUCUUCCUAUGUCCAGGAAUGGGUAGUAUAUUUGGCAGUGGUUUGAUAUUUACAACGGGUAUAAUAUAUGGAAUGAUGUCCCUGGGUAAAAAAGGAUCCAGGCCCGACCCAGCAGGAACGUCGGGCGUGGGUUCCCCACAAAGUACAGUGCCUCCUACUACAGAUCACCAUACUACUCUCAUGGAGGAUCCUGACGUCUGGAGGCCUACAUAAAUCAUCAAAUAUUCAUUGCACCACUUCACUAACCAGGGCACCUUUUGGCGAAAUGAGAACAGCAGCAAUGGAUAUUCAAGCUCCAGCAUCAAGCAUGCGGUCCACACUAGUUGAAAAUACUCAGCCGAUUGGUUUGAGCAGUACCCCAAGUAGUAUCGUUUGAAUCAUUAGGAACUAAUUGGGUGAGCAAUCCAACGUUUUAUGUGAAUGAUUGUGAGUGAUAAUUAAUCAUCCAAGUAAAUAUCAGUAACUGAGCCCACGAACAUGCUUUCAUUUCAUUUUAGCUAUAACAUUGAUACAUAUUGUAAUUCCGAUAAUUCUAAUAGUAUCUUUAGACAACAUUCAUUAUUCGUUGAAUCUUUAAGAUAAUAUUGAACAUAAAUUGUAUCAUGGAUGUGUAGAUUCAAAUAUGUUAUAAUUUUAAAAAAUUCUGAAAAAAAAUUUUCUUAACCUUAUUAUCUAAUGGGCUUUUUCUGAUUUAAAAAGACUUGCUCUAAGAAUUGGUCAAUUAAAGAGAACAAUUGUAUGCGUUUAUUACAUUUUAUGUUUGUAUCAAAUGUGAGCAAAAUGAAAUGAGAUAUUCUAUUACGAGAAUAUAGUAUGGAAGAAUUUGUUGCUUCAUUUAGAAUAAUGCCAAAGUCAAAGACUGUCAUAGAGGAUGAUGUUGUUCAUGGGCCUAGUUAUCCAUAGGCCCAUUUGUCCACUGUAUGUCAUAAGACGUUAACGAGCAAAACAAUAGAAAAUUGUAAACGAUCAUGUAACUUGUUUUUAAUGUAAUGUAUAAAAGCGCUUUGCUUUGGAGAGAGAUGAUUUUGUUAUAGAUUAGUUAAGUAAACAUACAGCAAAGACAAAAUUGAAUAAUAUUUUCGUUAUUAUUUCGCAUUCAAAUUGUAAAACAGAUUGUUCUUAAAAUAUUAUAAAAACAGAGAAAUCAUUAUAUAUUAGUAUUAUGAUCCUUUAUAAUAUAUAGAUAAGCUUCUCUCUGCCAAAUAAACUAUAUAUGCAUCAAGUUUAAAUGUUUUAAGAUAACAUUGUUACACAUUUAAACAGUUUUAUAAUUUUUAUUGGAUAAUUUAUAAAAAUUUACAUCUUACAGAUUACUUUAAUUUUUACAUGUCAUUAAGAUUAAAAUUUGUCAUAAUUAAAGUACUUUGUGCAUAUAUAAUUAUUAUUCAAAAAUUACAACAUUUUAACAGGACAUGUUUAGAACCAGAAAUAACUUCCAUAUGAUUCUUAUAGUGAGGUAUACGUUUUUGUAAAUAAUUACUUGAGUGUGUAUAGUGCUGUAAACUUAAUUAUUAUAUGACCAGCUGAUAAAAUUGUGAAUGUGCAGGAUGAAUUAAUGCUUCAGUGCUUGUUUUAAUAGUUGUAAUCUAAGGAUUUGGUGAAUAAAAAAUACGAAUCCGUUUCGUCUUUCCUCGCCAUGUGUGUAUUCGAAUUAUUUUACUUCUUGCUGUUAAAACAGAGUGAUGUAAUACUUUUUGCGCGUGUUUAUAUUAUUAGAAAAAAUACGCGCAUGCAGUGAUACCUUAUUGUGCGAUAUGACAGAGAUUUAUUCUUUGCUAUUUGGCACAUUUCUUAUAUAUAUGAUAAAUUCUGUAUAAUCACAAAUAUUGCAUAUAUAUAGAUUGUAUCACACAUUAAAUUUUAAUAAGUUCUUCCAUUUUUUUGAUAUAUAAAUUAAGAGUCAAGUUUUCCUUAAGAAAAGAAAAUACCAAGCCUCUCUUGAAGAAUCCCGAAAUGCUUAUAAUUGUGUAACACUUUGUAUAUAUGCAUUAAUUUUCACAGAUGCCUAGCACAGUUUCUAAUAUUUCAUUUAAACAAUUGAAAAUGUGUGUGUGGAUUUUGUAAGUACAAUUCUAAAGUAUUCAAAUAUUGUGAGUAAAGGCAUUUGUGGCACUUGGCGUCCUUAAUGUGAAUAUUUCGACAUUAUUCUAUUUUAUUCUGAAUUACUGAUAUUAAAUGUGCCAGAAAUGCUUCUUAGGAAGCAUCUAAAUCAAAUUCCGAUUAAUUUAUCGAUAAUAUCUGCAGUAUUUUGUUAAUAUACAUGGAAAUAUUAAUUUUUUGUCAUAUUUGACAUAUAAAAGAUUUGAUUAGGAACGAAUAAUAAUAUAAUUCGAAAUUUUGAUGAAUUCUGUAGAUAAUUCUAUUAGUUAAGUUAAUCACCUCAAUUAAGUUGAUCGGAAUUUUAUCAAAAUUGUAUCCUUAAUCAUCAUCAUCAUCAUUCUUUAUUAGUUAUAUUUGUUUAUAAUACUUGUACUGAUACUGAUUAAGUUUUUUUUGCCUUAUAUUUAAGUUAGAUUUUGUUUUGCCACACAUUUCUAUUUAUAAUUUAUUUAAAAAGCAAUAUAUUUAUAUUAUCAUUUGGCUUUUACUUGAUUUUCACAUUAUAAUUAAUUAAAUAUAUCAAUUGUUGAUAUAAUUAUUCAUACAUAUAGAGGUAAUUAUCUAUAGCUUAUUUUACAUAAUCUUUUAAUUAUAAUAAUUUAUUUCGUAUAUAUUGAAAGAAGUGUGAUUAUUCAUAAUAAAAUAAAUCCUUGUGAUUAAUAUUGUUCCAUGUACAUACAUGUGCAUAUGCACACAAAUACAUAGUACAAACAUACAAUAUAUACUAUCUAUAGAAAAAUAUCAAUGUAUUGAAAGUAUGUAUGAUGUGUCUGUUAUACAAGUAUAUACAGGAUAUUCCACUUUUAAAAUAAAUCCUUAUUGGCAAA